GGGUAUUGCCGUGCCGCAGGGAUCGUCGAUCCCAUAUACCGGAUCAAGAAUUAGCAGCCGGCUUCGCUCUCAGCCGCGGGCAACGUUCGGACGAACGAAAGGUGAGGUUUAUUAUAAGAAUGAUUCAAGUCUCGCCCGGUCGAUGUUUCCUUUGUCGCUCACAAUUACUAGGAAGUUUGGAUCUCCCACAAAUUACAGGACUAGGACCAACUGUAGCUAGUUGGUGAGUUUGGCUUGCCCUGAGUGCGCGUCUGUAAUUCCAACUCAUCCUAACCAGGGUCUCUCCGCCAAGAUGGCAUUCAGUAUAACACGCCCGGCUUCUCCUCAACUUCCUACUUCUACUCCCAUAGAUGAUCAUCUCAGUACAGCUCUCCACGCCGCUCUUAGUCGCGUACACGACGACAUGGUCCAUCAAGACAGAUCACAUCAUCACCCACCACCUGACAAGUCUCGCAUAGACAUAAUCCUGGAUUCUGAUGUCCUUGCACUGAAAGGCACAACAGUAGACAUCGAGCCUGCCUUACUUUCUGGACAUGUCGUCCUCACUCUCUCCGAAGCGACAUCCAUCAAAGAAAUAAACCUCCAGUUUCGUGGCAAAACCCGUGUACCGCCCUCUCUUCACGAACCAAUUUCCCUUAACUCAUCUGGCCAGACAUACAGUAUCUGCACAUAUGAUUGGUCCUUCCUCGAAGGCGAGAAACGUCACUCUCAUACCCUCAAAGCAGGCAAACACCUUUUCCCAUUCUCACUCGCCCUCGGCGGUUCCCUCCCCUCCUCAAUACACCUCCCUUCCACUGCUUCUCAAUCAUUCAUCUCCUAUAAACUCCGUGCAACCGCCGUCCGUCCUGGCCUCGCGCACAACCUCCAUGCGUCCCACCCUGUUUCCCUAAUACGAAGUUUCGCAACAGACUCGCUCGAGUAUCAGCAGACACUUGAAAUCGAGAACACAUGGCCUGAUAAACUCAUGUACACCCUUGUCCUCCCCCAUCGCGCUUGGGCUGCCGGCGAUACCGUUACUGCCCUCUGCAAAUUUAUCCCUCUCGUCAAAGGUGUUCGCGUCCUCAGCGUCGUCACCAACCUCAACGAGACCGUGAAGAUUCCUUCAAGGGGGAGCGAAUUCACCAGAGCUGUUGUGGCUACAAAACACGAAGUUACCAAUGGCAAACUCAAGCUUGUCAGCGAAAGUUGGUAUGGCAUCAGGCAGCCCAUCGGCACCGGUUCCAAAUCGCACCCCUUUGGCGCUACCGAUGUCAGUGUGCCCACGUCCCCUGCUCAGGAGGAUAGACUGCCAAAUUUUCAUCUACCCGAUCUAUCCCUCCAUCAGGUCCCCAGCAUACCAUCUUCGUCCUCUUCCCAUUCCCACUCUCAUCCAAUCGCAAGCUCCUCCUUCGCUCCUUCACAUGAUUCCGAUCCCUCCCACGACGAACCCCCAAACGUCGCUUUAGACGAAUUCACCUCAACAGACCUCAUUUCCCCGCUCUCCCUCACCCUGCCACCAACUCUCCCUCCGUCCCAUUCUUUUGACCCAAUCCACAUCUCACACCGAAUCCGCUGGUCCAUCCUUAUGUCAAACCUCGACGGGCAUACUUCUGAACUCCGCUGCAGCCUCCCCAUAACCAUACUCGAUGGGUGUCUCCUCACAGAAGCUCGCGCUGCUGGGCGUUGGGUCCGCCGCGUUGUUUUAGGCGAUCACGUCCAAGGUGAAGGCGAGAGCGCUGGCGCAGGCAUCUUCGGAGAAGGAGAAGACAACGAGGAGGAAGGUGAGAUGCUCCCCAGUUACACCGCUCAUGUUAGGGACCGUGUCGCCAACGCCUUCCUACCUGCCGGAUCCACCAUGCGCGUCGCGAAUCCCUAUGUGUCUACAGCACCACACAUUCCCCCCACGCCAGGAAGUGCCACCAACGCAUCCUUCCCGCCGCGUUCAGGAACGAGCUCACCACCACAUCCACACUCACAUCCACACCCACAUGCGCAUGCACAUGCACACACACUCCCGCAGAGCGUACUCGAUUGGGUCAAUUGUGAACUUUUAGGUCAUCCACGAUCGCCGAAUUCUGAUCCUACGAGCCAAGUCCCAAGUCGGCUUGUUUCUCGUGCGCCUAGUCCCGAGCGGCGUAUGCGGGGGGCAAUAGGCUCACCUAUAGCCAUCUCCGCCCCAGAUUCACACAGACAUCCAGUGAUAUCAGACUCUGAAACGUAUACCCACUCACCGCCUGCAUCCCGCACGCGAGGCACGUUACUCACGGUCGCGAUGAAGCCGCUUCCUUCUGGGUGGUUGAGCGGGGGCUCGAGGACUGGGAGCCAUUCCAAUCUUGCGGGGAUGACACAUGGACACGGAUUGGGGAUGUCGAACGUCAGUGGGUCGUAUGGGGCGUCUGGGCAUGGAGGUGUGAGUAUAGGUGGAGGAGCCCAUCUCCAUUCACGAUCAUUUGGGAAUCUGGUAUCGCCACUUCAACCCCUCGAAUACCCACAAGGAUUGGCCUCGAAUGCGGGAGGACAUUCACGUCCGCGCACUGCGUUUAGUGUUGGUGGAAGUGGAGCUCAGACGCCUUAUUUUAGUGGCAUGCAUUCUGCACCACAUAGUCCUCAUACACCUCCUGCUGAGAUCCCGGAGAGCGCGAUUUGGGAGAGGGGGUUUACGGAGAUGAAUUCGAGCGGUGGUGGUGGGACACGUGGGGAGGAGUUAGAUGGUGUGGAUGGGGUCGAAGUGAGUGUGGGAGGGGUUCAAGAAGGGAAUGCAAGUGGUGUUCUAGAUGGUGAAAACGUACACGCGAAUGCAGCACCCGACUAUCGCGUGUCGUUUCAGGGAUGUGUCCCCCCACUAUCGAGUUUAGCGGGUUUGCCCAGUUAUGAGGAGGCUGCUGGAUCUGGAGUGCGGCAGGAGACGCGACGGUCUGAGUUGCGUUUGAGUUUUGAUGGGAGACGGGGAAGGGCGCUGGAGGGGAGACGUUCUCCGUAUGAUGGUGAACAUUCUCCUCGUGAUGAGCAACAUCCUAUCCUCCAAGACGGGUCACAUCAUAUCUUGCAUGACGAGUCACUUUCAGUUAUGCAUGGCGGGCGACAUUCUAGCACGCACGACGGUUUCCAUCCAAUUCAACACGAUAGGCCUCCCAGUCCGCACGAUGCGCGGGACGGGAUACGGUUGAGGGUGCCGAUUCCUCGCUGGAGGAGGGAGAGCGGUGAGGGGUCGUAACGUUUGUGAGUGCUCUUCGCACUCGCGUUGCAUUGAGCAUGUCAUUCCUACCAUCUCCUUGGGCUCGACUGGGCAUUGUCCUGGCAUCUUGGCUUAAACUCUUACUGCAUCUCAUUCGACAUCACACUUCCGUAGACCACGAUCGUCAUUAAAGAAUAACGGCCGUCUUCCCCAACCACCUCGUCAUCUCACAU